UUGAAAAAUUCCAUAGAACUUAAAAGUGAUCAUCCUGAAUAGGACAUUUUAAGUUAUUAACGAGUGUUCCCUGCUUGCUGUUUUAUUUCACGGUGAAACAAUACAAAACAUAGGAAUAAUCUUUUGCAGGUCGGACACGUGUUGCUUGUGACGGUAGCCUUCAUUGUACUUGCCUAGAGGUCGGAUGACGCCGACGAACCUUUAAUUGGUGAAGCUCAGUUUUGAAAUUCGAUAGCCUUUAGGCUUGAGGUCGGUUUUUAUCGACGUAAGAAAUAUCAGGAGAGAAAAGAGGAUGGAGGGAACUUGAAGCUCUAGCUUACACUUUUUUUAAACAAAUUAGGAGAGCGUGGUUUAUACAAUCUGAAUAUUUUAACGCAUAGUAAGCGUGAAACGCGCUCCUUGGCGUCGUAAACAACAUUGUUUGGAGCACCACGUGACUCAACAUACGCGUUGUUUUCUCCACCCAAGCGUGACGCGGGUUGUGAAAGCCGACAUUUGCUUUUUCUUUUUUUUUUUUUACGCGUGACGCAAUAUUCCUUGCGUGAGAACCGGAAAACUCAGGCUAAGAAAAUGCUCACGCCGCCUGUCGCGCUUCUCCUCAUCACGCAUAUAUAAAUCCUGAUACACAUCCCUAAGGGAGCCGCGAGACGUGGCCGUUACUCGCUUGUGAUUUGCUGAUGUGAUUAGUGCUUUCUUUCUUUGUUCAUUUCUUUUUUCAUGCAAAGGCACUGAAAGGUGGCGCUCGCAUCGGUAACUUUGGCAGGAAAACGAUAUCGGAGCCGUUGGAGCUAUUGGCUGUGUAGCAUGCACUUUUGCUUCGUGUCUGCCUGCCUUUCAAGUGUGUACUUUGCAGAGUGCUCGCUCUGUGAUGGCAAAAGUGGCGAAGAAGGAACAGCGUUAUGAGCAAAUUGACAUCGGUUGACCUGCGUGGUGUGCCGCGCGGUAGGUGCAAGAACACCGAGUAUGACUGCCCAGAGUUGUCGCGUUACACGACGCCGCUCACUACGAACUACAACACAGCGGCCGGAUGGUGCUCUUACUGCAGGCACUCACCUGCUUGGAAUAGCGGGCUCGCCUUCGAAAGUGAGUUGAGAUUUUCAAACACUGCCGAAGAUAAUGUAAUACGCCCCAGGAAAAUCCUACCAACAGUGGCGACGCUGCCAUCUCUAGCGGAGCCACCAUACACAGGCGUCUACACGUUCCUGCGGCCAAUGCUAGUAAAAAGCGCCCUAAUUUUAGCGGUUCCACGCACGGACAUCUUUGGCCUGUGCAUUGUAUGGGGCGACGUGAAGCAGCUGGUAUGCGGCAAAGAGCCUGAGAAAUCGUGAAGCUGCAACCGGACAGAUCACUGGAAAAAAGCCUUGGUGCUUUCUUUGUGUGCGUAAUAGGCAAAGGACGUUAUGUAUCCGGCUGCUUUCGGGCAGUUGCUAGGCUUCGUUCAAGCAGUUUUGAGAUGUGCCGGCAUCGACGAAAUUCCAUGGGCGCAAAAGAAGGCUACGCGAUUUGUUGAAGCUACACUUCGUUUGAGUGAAGUACAUAGCAAAGUUCACUCGCCGCUUCAAAGCGACAUCAAGAGUUCCUCUGGAGGCUAAUUUAUAGUGUCUUUUCUGCUCAGGUUCUUAUAUACUAUAAGGAAGCAUUCUUGUAAGUUAUAGU